UACACCUUCCUCCUCUCUCUCUCCUCUCGCAUCUGCAAGCUUCCAAAUCCUCUCACAUCACCGCAUUCCUACAUUCCCCCAGGUCUCCUGCUUGCUGAUCUCCUCCUCUCCGAUCGUCGCCAUGCUGUCUUCUCACUGCGAGAGCAUGCUGGCCUACGCCGCCGCCGCCGGACGGCGCGCGAUGCUGGUCGACCCCCGGCGGUACCGGCCGAACGUGGAGGUGGCGCCCAACUGCCCGCGCUGCGACUCGCCCAACACCAAGUUCUGCUACUACAACAACUACAGCCUCAGCCAGCCGCGCUACUUCUGCAAGGGCUGCCGCCGCUACUGGACCAAGGGCGGGUCCCUCCGCAACGUGCCCGUCGGCGGCGGCUGCCGCAAGAACCGGCGGGGCAAGCCGGUGCGGUCCAUGGCCGAGGCGGACACGGCCUCGCCGAACCACGGGGCAGUAGUGUUCUCUCACCGCUUCCACGGCCCGGUCCGGCCCGACCUGCUCCUGGAAGGCAUGGUUGGCAACCCGGCCGAGCUCGGCCAGCAGCCGGCGUCGGCCGAGGCCGACAAGCCCGCCGGAGCCGCCGACGGACCGACGAUUGAUCUGGCACUGCUCUACUCCAAGUUCUUGAGCCAUCAGCCUCUCGCCGAGCAGUGCGCCGUCGUGCCGGAAUCGGCCGACACCUCGAGUGGAUCAAGCACGGAGAUGAGCCCGCCGACCCUGUCCGGCCCGAGCCAACACGGGCCGGGCGAAAUCUGCGGGCCGGCGAGCAGUACGGAGCCCAGCGCGACGACGAUGCUCCAGUGCGCCGACGCGCGCGCGCAUGCGCUUGGCGAGUUCAACUUCAGCGUAGACCAGAGCUGCUACGACUCGCUCGGGCUGCCAACGGACGGCGGCGAUCUGACGAUGCUCCCGUCGGCGUGGGACCAGGAGGCCAAGUACGAGCCGUUCAGUUCGCUUCCGGAGGAGGACGCCAUGAGCCUCCACGAAGGCGUCCCCGCCAGCGACGACGUCUGGAGCAAGGUGCUGGGCUGCCAAGGGCUGGAGGCUGCUCUCGCUGCAGGCCUCGAUCGAUGCUAAGCUCAUUUUCAAGCUCGUUGAUUCGUGGCUGCCGCUGUUCUUGUGAUUGAUUUUGUGUCUUUCUUUUCCUCUCCCUAUUUUUACUCUUGUUCAGAAGUAACUUAUAUAUAUGGGGAUCGUGUUCAUGGUCGAGGAGUAUACAUGUGGGAUAAAAAGGGUGUACUGUAAUGAUAAUAUCGAUAUAUCUGUAUUGGCAAUAUACUUACUAUUAACAGCUGGUUUUUCCUGUUCUGAGCUA